AUGGUUUUAGCUCCAGAAAAAGUUGACACUGAUAAACCUAGAGUGAAUACUCCGAAGAAGAGAGAUCCACCGAAACCCAAUCUAAGUCAAAUGUUUUCGGUUGCACAAACAGCUAAUGAUGCUGCAUCAAGAAUACCCUCACCUGAUGUUAUUCUCACAGCUUUUAGUCAACAAUGUGUUGCACAAACAAACAAUGGGGAUUCCAAGAUGAUUAAUCCUGUGCCGACUGAUAUACUUCGUACAAGAGUGAAGCGCAACAAAGAAAGAUUAUGUGACCAAAAUCCGAAGAUUUCUAAUGCUCAAUUAUCGGAAGCAUUACCAUCACAAACAGGUGGUUCACAUAAUGUCGCAUCAGGAGGUAUUCAACGAUAUGCCAAACCAGUGGACGAAGGCCAAUCGCACAAGAAACAAAAUAAGUCUCCGGAUACUGACAAUUCGUUUUUUUGUUCCACGUGUAACAAGAAGUUCUCCACUGAUGCUGGUCGACUUCAGCACGAAAUAGAUAAGCAUAAAGUCGGAGAACUAAUUGAUCUUGACAGUUUGGCAGUGAAAAAUGACUUGAACUGUCAUCGUGAGUCAAAAGGCUCCAAAAAUCGAUCAAAUGUUGAUCUUAUUACAUUUGAUGAUGGUAGUGCCGGUUGUCAUACAUCACAAUCGAGUUUAUCAGAGACAACAAGGAAAACUGGCGGUCUCAUCCAACUUGGUGAUGAUAACAACAGCACUGGUAGAUAUUUCGCUGACUGCGAUGAUGAUUCUUUGAAGAAGUAG